GCCUAGGAUAGUGAGUCUGUCUGGAAAAGAUUCUUCAUUUGGCAAAUAUUCUGAAAUAUUUGAACUCAUUAGAAAAAUAGAGUUGUAAACGACUAUGAGAAAACCAUUAGUGAACUUCGUAGGAUAGCUAAAUUAAUAAUAACCGUUUUAAUAUUUUCAGUAUUUUUUUCAGUUUUGUACUUUAUAUUGUUUUCAGUACAGUAGGAAGGCCUUAAGGUUUUAAAGUGAAAGAUGAGUGGAGAAAAAUCUAGAUGAGCAGGUUAUAAAUUUCAUUUUUUCGGUUUUUUAAAUUUAUUACAUUUAUGAACUUGAAAACUUUGUGUUUCUAGAGUUUGUAUACAGGUUUGUGACCAAAAGUUAGAAGAGUGGAAUGAUUUUUAAAAAUCUCAAAAUUUAACUUGCGGUUUAAAAGUUGGAGUUAGAAGAUGCUGGGAAACAGAAUGCUUAAGAUCCCAUUCUUUCCUUAAGUGUGCUGUCAGGAGAAAAACAUUUUGUCAUAAUCUGAUAUGCAGCUUUUCCCAUUCCACAGAGCCCCUGUGGUUUACAAGGUAGACGCACUGUGGUAUAUAAGACUUGUUUCAGAAGGUACUUCCAGUGUCCCCCAAUGGAAGUAACUAGACUGUACGCCUCUGCACAGACCGUGUCUUGUUUGUUGUUGUACUUCCAGCAUCUGAUGCUGUCGAUACCUCCUGACUGCAUAUCUAGCUGCAGGGGUCUAUCCCAAGGAUGAGAUGCACAGAAGCAGUUAAUCUGAAGGUGGAACCACACGUAACUCUGAAAUGCAAAUGUCUGAGAUGAUAAUGAAGAGAAUUCAAAUGAUGGGACCCAACCAUCCAAAAGGAGGCGAAUGGGCUCAGGAGAUAGCUCUAGGAGUUGUGAAACUUCAAGUCAAGAUCUUGGCUUUAGCUACUAUCCAGCUGAAAAUCUGAUAGAGUACAAAUGGCCACCUGAUGAAACAGGAGAAUACUACAUGCUUCAGGAGCAAGUCAGUGAAUAUUUGGGUGUGACCUCCUUUAAGCGGAAAUACCCAGAUUUAGAGCGACGAGAUUUGUCUCACAAGGAGAAACUCUACCUUAGAGAGUUAAAUGUCAUUACGGAAACUCAGUGCACUCUGGGUCUAACAGCAUUGCGCAGUGAUGAAGUAAUUGAUUUAAUGAUAAAAGAGUACCCAGCCAAACAUGCUGAAUAUUCUGUUAUUCUACAAGAAAAAGAACGUCAACGAAUUACAGAUCAUUAUAAAGAAUAUUCUCAAAUGCAACAACAGAAUACUCAGAAGGUUGAAGCCAGCAAAGUGCCUGAGUACAUUAAGAAAGCUGCCAAAAAAGCAGCUGAGUUUAACAGCAACUUAAACCGGGAACGUAUGGAAGAAAGAAGAGCUUAUUUCGACUUACAAACACAUGUUAUCCAGGUGCCUCAAGGAAAGUACAAAGUGUUACCUACAGAGCGAACAAAGGUUAGUUCUUACCCAGUGGCUCUCAUCCCCGGACAAUUCCAGGAAUAUUACAAAAGGUACUCCCCAGAUGAGCUGCGGUACUUGCCGCUGAAUACAGCUCUGUAUGAGCCCCCUCUGGAUCCUGAGCUCCCUGCUCUAGACAGUGAUGGUGAUUCUGAUGAUGCUGAAGACGGUCGUGGUGAGGAGAGACGAAAAAAUAAAGGCACUUCGGACAGCUCUUCUGGCAAUGUCUCCGAAGGCGAAAGCCCUCCUGACAACCAGGAGGAUUCUUUUCAGGGAAAACAGAAACCAAAAGACAAAGCUGCUACUCCAAGAAAAGAUGGUUCCAAACGUUCUGUACUGUCCAAAUCAGUUCCUGGGUACAAGCCAAAGGUCAUUCCAAAUGCUAUAUGUGGAAUUUGUCUGAAGGGUAAGGAGUCCAACAAGAAAGGAAAGCCUGAAUCACUUAUACACUGCUCCCAAUGUGAGAAUAGUGGCCAUCCUUCUUGCCUGGAUAUGACCAUGGAGCUGGUUUCUAUGAUUAAGACCUACCCAUGGCAAUGUAUGGAAUGUAAAACGUGCAUUAUAUGUGGACAGCCCCACCAUGAAGAAGAAAUGAUGUUCUGUGAUGUGUGUGACAGAGGUUAUCAUACUUUUUGUGUGGGCCUUGGUGCUAUUCCAUCAGGUCGCUGGAUUUGUGACUGUUGUCAGCGAGCUCCCCCAACAUCCAGAAAAGUGGGCAGAAGGGGAAAAAACAGCAAAGAGGGAUAAAAUAGUUUUUGCCCCCAAUAUUGUAAUAUGCAUUUAAAUAAAAUAUCUGGUGCCAGUUUAUUUA